AUGAAGUUCACCGCCGCCCUCCUCACUACCCUCAUUGGCACCGCAACCGCCGCCCCAGUUCCCGCUCUCGACAUCGAAAAGCGCUUCCCCAGCAGCGCCACCAAAGUUCCCAUCUUCUCCCACCGCUGGCAGAACAACGUUUGGAUGCCCGCCAUCGACAACGUCGGCCGCGCCACCUUCGAGAUCCACUUCUGGUCCAACCACGUCACCAGUCCGCCCAAGCAAGCCAUCCAAAUCUUCACCAACAACAAUGUCCCGCAGACUGCUGACCGGGUGCCUCCUAAAACGUCGAACGGCCGUGACGCAUUCCUUGGAUCGUUCCUUGCACAGAACACUGGUGAUGCUGUCGAGAUCUCACCUAGCGAGUCGCAAUUAUGGAAGACGGUGACCUUCAAUAACCCUGGGAAGUAUGCUUUCAACAUUGUGGGAACCUAUGUACAGAAUCCAACAGAUGUGACAUGGGACACAAGGACCGAGGGGUUGUAUCUCAAGCAGGUUUAA